AUGGAACCCUACCCAAGCGGCGACCCACGCCUUCCCCACCACUGUUUCCCUCCAAAGAAGUUGAACGCCGAUGAAUUGACGAAACGUACUGGUACUCUCUACUACAAAUUGGACUUGGAUGAUCACGUUAGUCUGUCGAAGAGAAUAGCCUUAAUGAAAAUGGAACGGAAUUUUAAAAAAGAAGAUACCUACACUUUGGAUGCUCAGAGUACCAUCGAUUUCGAGGAUAAGGUAGGGUUUUGUACUGUAAAGGAUGUUAUAUAGUAUGGGUAUACCUAUGACAAUACUUUUACCUCGGGCGGGGAUUUAAAAUAUGAGAGGGGGGGGAUAAAAGAUGAAGUAGAUAGGAAGUGGGGGUAGAUAGAGCAAACGUAAAUUUAAAAAAAACAUUUAUCUCUCCCCCCCUCUUAAAAAAAUUUCUCUAGCAUGUUUUUUACCUAUACCUACAAGUACAUACCAUAAAAUACAAAAAUAAGCUCUAUACCUUCUACAGAUGGCCGAACUAUUCGAAGAGAACGAAGCUGAUGGAGAGAUUGCUCGUAUGAUCACGGAAGGCGCCGCUUACUUUGACGUCGAGGCCAAAGACGGCGACUGGAUCAGAAUCCUGUGCGAGUACGGUGACUUAAUAAUCAUCCCCAACGGAAGGUCAUACAGAAUGACUACUACCGCCAAGGUAAGCUGGUUUUUGAUUGUUUUGAUUUGAAAAAUGAAAAAAAAAGAUAAAGGCGACGAAAUGUCACAAAUUUAUUAGAAAAAAUAACAAAAUGUAACAAAUUUUAUCGGAAAAUGUAAAAUACGCCAAUUGGUCCUAUAUUUUAAAAAUAAUAGUGAAUGGUGAUAUUUAAAUACUAAAACAACAUUAAUAUUCUAAAUUAUCUAAAAAAUGUAGUUCUAUAAAAAUAAUUUUAAAUUUUUAAAAAAUUUCAAAAAUAAAUUCAAAAAAUCAUUCUAGAACUUUGUAAAAAUGCGCCGAUUCUACAAGGACGAGGAAUAA